AUGGUCACUGGACCCGCCACCUGCGUACUAGUGCAAUUAGCCAUGUAUAAACCAACAAGAGGACGACAACAAGGGGGGGGUGGUGGUGGUGGUGGUGGUAUAAGUCGAUAUUUCCUUGGGUUUACCAUAGUUGUGUUUGCUCCAUUUAUAUACUUGGUUAAGCUACGGCACUUCAAACAAGCCACUAUCAAUGAGUUGGAUCUAGCUGAUUACGUGCUUGUCAUAUACAAAAUAUUUGAUGCCGUGAAAUUAUAUCCUCAAGUGAUGGUCAAUUGGAUGGAGGAUUCCACUAGUGGGUUACAUCCUUAUUGGUUACAUUUACAAUUGUUGUCUAUGUUAGUUGAAAUUAUUGCUAGAGUUGCGUUGAUGUGGACGCCAUGGGCUGAUGUAUCAUCGUUGUUAUUGCCCAGUUGGCUAUUGGUUCCUUUCAAGAUUGUGUCGCUUGGCAUCAUAGCUGUACAAUAUUACACAUACAGAACCAAGCAACCAGAUAUCCAUUAUAAAGAAGUGUAA